ACAGACGGGCUCUGAUUGACUGGUACUGCUCUGAAAGGACAAGUGUUUCAUCACAGAAGUACUUCAUCACCAAAGGAUCCUUAGCGCAGAAAACAGAAUGAACAUUUUCCUGAUAUCCGUUUGCCUUUUCUGUGCUGUCUUUGCAAACCCAAUUAUCAAUUUAGAUUUGGAUUCACCAGCACUAGACAAAAACACGACAGAAACUUUGUUGGUUGCACAAUCAUCUGGAAAUGACACCUCAAGUUCAGCGUCAGAAUCAUCAGAAUCUGUAGAAUCUCCAUCCAGUGAGAAUAGUUCAGAGUCAGAAUCAUCAGAAUCUGUAGAAUCUGCAUCCAGUAAGAAUAGUUCAGAGUCAGAAUCUGUAGAAUCUGUAGAAUCUGCAUCCAGUGAGAGUACACCAGAAGAAAGUGACUCAGUUGAAUCCAACGAGAACACUCAGAUGUUGGUUGAAACAAGCGAUGACAGCAUGGCCAGUGAAGAGAAUGUUAGAAAGAGCUGGGUACGAGUAUUUGCGACAGUUGUUCGAGAUGGUAGCGCAGAAGACAACAGCAGAGAAAUGAAAGAUCAGCAGCCAGAGAAGCUUAGCAAAUUAUCAGAAAAGCAGCCCAUGAUGGCCCCUACGACGAAGACUCUAAAACAGAGCGGAGUGUCGCUGCUCCAGAACGCCCAGGCCGUCAGUGAGACCAGCAGUGAGAGCUCUGAAAGCAACAACCACACGCCUCUCAUCAUGACCGCCACGGCAGACAGCAGCCAGAGCGCGAGCAGCGAGAGCAACGAGACCUCCUCAUCCUCCUCAUCCUCCGAGGCAGAGCCUGACAGCGUGCAGAGCUCCGAGAGUCACGAGGACAGCGACAGCGCGGAGAUGAACCAGAUUAAAAACUGUGUGAACGGAACCCAGAGCUGCGAAAGCGAAGAGUACGUGUUCCAGGACAUAGGAGAUGAUGCCAAUUACUCUGUGGACAACUUGAUGGUGCUCGAUGAGGACGACAGGGAGCUCAGCCUCAGAAGAUAACAUUAUUCAAAUAUAUGAACUGAGCAGUGAUAAUACGCAUUAAACCAUAGCCACUGUACGACCUGCCUGUAACUCAGAAUGUCUUGUUUUCCCUGUUUUCAUAUGAAGUUUCACUUUCCACAUUGUGCAAAUAUUUAUGUAUCAAAACAUUUUCGUUUAUGAAUAAAAAUGUGUAAUUUA